AUGGCAGAUCAGGCCGAAUCAAGUAGUCGUGCUACUAAAGAAACCAGCUCGAGGCGUGCUUCUAUGAAUACCAUAGAAAGUAGUGUUACUAGAUUACUUGUAUCUACCAAACACCUUCUCGAAAGUCUAACGCAAUGGGCGAGACAAAAAGCCGACGACAAGUUUGUAUCUGACGCCUACGUUAAACUUGGAAACGACUUUCGAGCAGCUUCUAGAGCUUUUACAAAUGCCGGGGUCGAUAUUUCUGAUCUAGGAGAUGUUCCAAAAGCCUUAAGAAUUGUACUCGAAUCUGCGUUGAGCGAGGCACCAACCCAAGAGAACCUUGAUCGAUUCCUUCCAAACAUCAGGAACAUAAUAGUGAACUUGCUUCUGAAUUUAAAAAUAAAACAGCAAAGAGCAAGAGAGAUUGCCGAAGAUAAUGUCAUUUCCAAGAAGGAUUCCGGGCCUCCUUCAAAGCCGUCGAGCGGGUUUUCCUCAACGCAUCAUUCUAGACUGUCUCCUGCGUCCACUAUGUCAAGUAGACGAUCUCGAGCUUAUCCAGAUAUUCAUGUAAGACAUGAUUCCGACAAUCCAGAGCAAAGCGAGGCCACGACUCUCCAUUCAGAUCAAACGAACUCAAGUGAUGCUUUGGCAAAGUUACAGAAAGGUAAUUUUAUUCUGAGACGUGCUUCCAAGAGAUUUAGCGCAUAUCAGUUUGCGAAGCUUGCGAAUCUUAAUAAUAACCUGCUACCUCGAAUUACAAGUGACUCACAUAAGUCCCCAGACAGCAGCUUCGACGAGAGGCUGAAAUUUACAGCUGGAGACGACGUUCCAACAACUAAGAUGUCUUCCUCAAAUUCAGAAUAUUUGUCUAUUUUCAUGAGAAUUAAUGAAGUUACACGGAAAGUGGCGGUUCUGGUUCCAAUGACCUUAGCUUCCCUCCGACUUCAAUUUGUUGAAAAGUUUGGAUAUUCUCCAGGCAUUGAAGCAUUUCCAGAUAUUUACGUGUAUGAUAGUAUGUCAUCUGUAUGGUUCGAAUUGGAGGAUAACCGUAUUGACGAAGAUGUUAAAGAAGGGACGUUACUAUCUCUACGUGGGACCAUUGAAGAGAAAUCCAACUUCAGGACCAUGGAAGUAAAGCUCGAAGCUCUAGAGAAUAGAAUGGAAGAGUUUUCCUCGAAAAUGAUAACUGAGGUGAAGGAGAUGGUGAAGGAGAUGGUGAAUUCGUUAAGUGUCAAUUCAGGCGUCACUCAAUUACAACCAAUUGAUAGUGGAGUUAAAUCUCAUCAACUUAAUUCGAAAUUAUUUACUGAAUUGAUGCGAGAAGUAAAGGAAGUGCAAAAGAUUCUGAAUAUGAGAAAGAAAACCUUUCAAGUCUCUCUUAAUGAAUUGGAAGCUGAAAUUGAGGCAUUGAAAUCAGCAGGAUUGGAGGAAGGGAGCAAAUCUUCCAAUCGCAGCUAUAUGCAACAGAGCUACUCAAAGCUUUCAGAGGAUUCUGACAAUCUAUUGACCAAGGUAGAUGAUCUACAAGAUAUUAUGGAAGCUCUAAGAAAGGAUGUUGCUCAACGAGGAGUUAGAUUGGGCCCUAAGCAGCUUAAGAAUACGCGGAAGGAGAUUACCGAAGCAAUGAAUUUACUCGAUGCCUUAACAAACUAUAUUUCAGAUGGUAAACCAACCUGGAAGAAAAUUUGGGAAGCUGAGUUGGAUAAAGUUUGUGAAGAACAACAAUUCUUCAAUUUACAGGAUGACUUGACUUCGGAUCUAGAGGAGGAUAUCAAAAAGAUUCAAGAGACCUUCGAUUUAAUUGAGAAAUGCUCAUUAGAACAGAGCAAGCAGGUCUCUUCCAGAAAGGCAACUUUCGCUGGUCUUGCCAAUUUGCAUGAGCCGGGAGAAAGUUUACAUGAUUUACGAGAUGCAGUCUUGAGUGAGGUUGCAGCUCUUAUCCCUAACCACGAGAAUCGAUUGGAGGCAAUUGCAAAGGCCGAAAAGUUGAGACAGAAAGAAAGAGAACAUAUAAAUGUUUCUCAAUUUCAAGAAGAGUUGGGUGAUUUUGUGGAAGAUAAUAAAUUUAAGACAUCUGGAGGUAUUGAGGAGUUAGAACGCAGACGCCAGGAGAAGGACUCCGAGAAUCUCAAACUCUCAAUGGGAAUUAUUUAA